CUAAAGGAACCAAUUAGAUCAUGUGACAGGUGCAAGAAGUGCUCAAAAUGGUGGAUGGAUGGCCCUGAAAAGUGACUUUUCCUUCAAAAUCAUAUGUUUUCUCAUCGAUAUUCGCAUUGAAUUAACGAGGUUAACAGACAAGAAGAAAUAAUGAAGUUCACAGAACAUCUCUCUGCCCAUAUCACGCCCGAGUGGCGGACUCAAUAUAUAAAAUAUGAGGCAAUGAAAGAAAUCCUCUACAGGGGGCAAGAAGAGGCACCCUCACCAGAAGAGACAGACCCUGCUACUGUCGUCCGGUACUACGCCAGAUUCCAUGAGUCCUUCUUACAUUACUGUGAAAAGGAACUCGCAAAAAUCAACACAUUUUUUUCUGAAAAACUUGCCGAGGCCACCAGGAAGUAUGCCACCUUAAAGGCUGAGCUGACCGCUCAUCUCGAGCUUGCAAAGCGCCAUCGACAUUCGAAACUACCCGCCGACUUCCGUAAACGGCGUAGUAGUAUCAUGUUUGCCUCCGGGACACCAGAGGAGAAACAGGCACUACUGACCACGAGGAAGAUGCACGAUUUGAAACUAGCAUUCAGUGAAUUCUACUUGAGUUUAAUCCUCCUGCAGAACUACCAGACGUUGAAUUUUACUGGCUUUAGAAAGAUAUUAAAGAAACAUGACAAGUUGUUUGAGACGGACAAAGGCCUGGUGUGGAGGCAGGAUCAUGUGGAAGUGGCACCGUUUUAUACAAGCAAAGAAGUGGACCAACUCAUUACAAAAGUUGAGGCGUUGUUUACAAAUGAACUUGAAGGAGGGAAUCGUCAAAAAGCCAUGAAGAGAUUACGGGUCCCUCCUCUUACAGAACAGCAAAAUCCGUGGACCACAUUCCGAGUUGGCCUCUUCCUUGGCAUCUUCUUCAUUCUCCUCGUUGCUAUAUGUAUCUCAGGUCCCCUACUGAAGCCUAAAAUCCCCUGGGUGCCAGCGCUCAUCAUGUACCGAGGUCUCUUCCUCACUAUCUACUUCAUCAGUCUGCUCAGUGCCAACACAUACGGGUGGCGGUCGUCUGGGGUGAACCACGUCCUGAUCUUUGAGUUGGAUCCAAGGAACCAUCUCUCUCAUCAGCAGCUAUUGGAGAUUGCAGGUUUCUUCUCUGUGAUCUGGGCGAUGAGCGUGUUGGCGUAUCUCUUCAGUUACCUCGUGCACAUCCCGGUGUUCGCCCAUCCGCUGGCGAUGACUGGCUUCCUCAUCAUCUAUCUACUUAAUCCAUUCAAAAUUCUCCACUACAAGUCGAGGAGAUGGUUACUACGCUUACUGUAUCGUGUGUUCACUGCUCCAUUCCACUAUGUAGGAUUCGCCGACUUCUGGCUGGCCGACCAGCUGAACAGUUUGAGUGUGGUGUUCCUUGACUUUGAGUUCCUUGUGUGUUAUUAUGCAUUUGAGGUGGACUGGAUUGGCCCCGACAGACCUGCUGUAUGUAGCAAGGACUUCUACGGAAUCCGUCCAAUUAUCUCCUGUCUUCCAGCUUGGUUUCGUUUCGCGCAGUGCCUCCGCCGUUAUCGGGACACAAAACAAGCCUUCCCUCAUCUCGUCAACGCAGGGAAAUACUCGACCACCUUCUUUGUCGUUUUAUUCUCUGCCUUGAAUAAAUAUUUUACUGGACACCACGGGCCCUCAACGAUACAGAACAAUGUAUUCUUCUAUCUCUGGAUUAUAUCGUGUAUAGUUAGCUCUUGUUAUACAUACACAUGGGACAUAAAAAUGGACUGGGGCUUGUUUGAUAAAAAUGCAGGCGAGAAUAAGUUCUUACGGGAAGAAAUUGUGUAUGCUUAUAAGGGAUACUAUUACUUUGGUGUGAUAGAAGACUUUAUCCUGAGGUUUGCGUGGACGUUUUCUGUGUCAGUGGGCGAGGGAGGGUUAGUUCAUGGCGAAAUUCUCAAAACAGUAUUAGCAGGUUUAGAGGUGACAAGACGUUUUAUAUGGAACUUCUUCCGACUAGAAAACGAGCAUUUAAACAACUGUGGUCAGUUCCGUGCAGUCCGUGAUAUCAGUAUUGCACCAAUCCACGCUAACGAUCAGUCCCUGUUGGAGAACAUGAUGGAUGAGGAGGAUGGUGUCGUUAACCGCACGAAACAUAAACGCAAACCUAAUAGACCAUCCUGCCCAAAGAAGACAAAAUAUUUUGUGAAAAAUGAAAUAUUAGAUAUGCAGGAAUAUGCUCCUAUUAUGGGGAGUGACCGACAGUUAUACGAGGAAAUGUCUUUUAAUACCUGAGAAUCCAAGAAAGAACAACGUCAGUGGUUUGAUGACGAUAUUGAGGCCUAGUGUUACAAACCGUUGAGGUUGGAGUUGAGGUGUCUCCUCGGUGAGGUGGCUCAAGAGAUGCAGAGGGACUGAUGUAAGCUCCGAGUUGGAGUGUCUCCCUGUCAGAGUUGGGGCGUCUCAUCGUUAAAGUGUCACCUGUGGAGAGACUCAAUUCACUGGAUUGUGGACAUGCACAAAAAGACAUUAUUACUUCGUGUAAUCAUUGAUCAGGUGGUCGAGAUUUGAGGCAUACUCGUGUGGAACUGUCACAUGGCCUGUAACUCAGGGUAGAAAUUGUGUGAUCCAAUGAUGAGGUAUCUCAUUGUAGAGGUAUCUCAUUGCAGAGGUCUCUCAUUGUUUGUAUCUCAGUUGUCUGCCUGUGAUCCUUGUAGUAAGUACCAGUUCUCAUGUUUAUACUACAUGUACGUAUAGGAAAACUUUUGAUUUAUCCAGAAUAGGACAUCUGCCGCUCUCAAGGAAAGGAACAAAAAUGCGUUGGAAGUGACAUUUUGCCUUCUGAUUCUGUUUAUUUAUUCACAUAUGUAUAGAUGGUAGUCUUUGUGUCACUCACCUGGUGCAGAGGUUUGGUAUCAGUUGAUGCCAAGUUAGAAAUCUGAACAACUUGGUCAAGUAGGCCCCUUGUAAUUGAUUUAGUUCACAGAACAGUUAAUUUUUUGCUCUCCUCUUCCAAAGGUGCUAUUAGUCUAGAGGUUGAGUGCUAUUAGUCUAGAGGUCAUGGGAGACAAAUAACUAUCUCGUCUUGAUCAAGAGCCACUCAAUCAUUGUUAGGGGUUUUAUCCUUGAACUAUGGAGACCCUCAUAUGAAAGUAUAAUAGUAUGGUCACGAAGGGGUGCCAAAAAGUUAUUCCAAGGUUUCGUACUAAUAAGAGCGUAUUCUGGAAUGAUCCUGUGGCCUGCUGUGAGAGGAUUUGGGGGUAGCUGAAUGUACAGUCAAGGCAGCGGUUGUUUCCAAUGCUGUCCCUCGUUGAUUCACCAAACAAUAUCUAUUUUGAUAUAUUAUGUACAAUGUAGUGCAUUUGAUAGUGUGGCUUAUGAUAUGAUUCAAACAACAGUGAAACAAUCUGAUUGUACACUCUCUAUGCUAUCAAGAUUGAAUAAAGACGUGUCUUUAUUGAUUCUUGGUGUGGACACUUGUAUUUCUGAAAUUUGUGGUUUUCAUGAGUGUGAAUAUGUAAAUGUGACUAGGACAUCUGUUUAGGUCGUAGCACUGAUUGAGCAGCACAUCUGAGCUCUACAGAAUGGUUCUAGGACAGACCGGGUUAAAGUGAAAAGACAUGAUAACAUAUAUCGUAGUUGAUACAUGUAUCAGACUAUAAACGCAAACUUUUUUAGUGAGCUGAGUGUCAGCUCUGUAGAUAUAUAGGAUGAAACGCAAGAAAUGGUUGUCAGUCCACACAGUGUAGGUUUGAGUUCUUGAUAUUGUUUAUUGACAUUAUUAUUGUUACUAAUGUUAUUGUAAAGGUUUUGUUUCAUCCAAAAAAGUUAUGUUUUGAAACUAUGUGAAUUGUGAAAAAUAAUCAUAGAUUAAAAAUGUGCUUUAAAGAUGCUGAUCUUGAGUACGAGGUUAUGUAACCUCGUAUCGAGGUGAUAAAACUACUUGUGAUUGCAUUAACAAAGUUUUGUAGUCAAUCCUGGUUCUUACCCUAGGAUGAGGUAGAGCAACAUUGUAAUCGAACUAUUGUAGGAAUCAUGAUAAGUCCUCAUCGAAUAUUGUUUAUAUGCAUGUCUGUCCUCAACAAAAUGAAAAGUAAUUUUGUUAUAAAA